AUGGCGACAUCUGCGACUCUUACGACCACUCAGCUGCCUCGUUUUCGUAGACUCCUCGAAGAAUGGGCAGCAAAGCAGCCCCCAGCGACAGGGUUCACACCGAGAGCCAGCAAGGAUGUUGUCGUCGCAUUUCGAACCCGUCCUCCGCUACCUGGUGAAGCUACGAGCAAAGCUGCUGAGCCAGGAGUCUUUGUUGCUCAUGUACCUGGAAUGAAGUGGUCUGUAUUUACACUCACACACAAGGAGUACAUCGCCGACCUCGCCUUGGGACCGGAUACGACGAACGAAGAAGUAUAUCAACGAACUGUCGUUUCUAAUGAUCUCCUCCAUCUGGCACUAUCCGGUGGCGUCGGAUGCAUUCUCGCUUACGGUCAAACAAGCAGUGGAAAAACGUACACCAUGGAGGGAAUCGAGUCCCGUAUCGCGCGAGAUCUCUUUGACACAGCUCGUGUUGUCGGCAACCGCCUUUCUUAUCGCGAAAAUGAAGCGGAUUUUUUCGAGUUCAGCGGGAAACACGCGACGGAUUUAGUUGAGCCGAGCGACAAGGUAGACGCGUCGGGAAAUGCUGUGCGCAACGACGUUGCUAUCCACGAGGACAAGGCUGGGAAUGUUAGGCCAAGGCUUAUCUCCACGAUUCAAGAGCUUAUCACGUCUUCUCUGUCGCACCGACGCACUAAUAGCCACAGUCAUGCUGUUCUCACCAUUCAUAUCAAGAAUAAGUCUUUACCGUACGCUGAAGAUGGACGGCUUGUUCUCGUCGAUUUAGCGGGCAGUGAGCGUCACGAAGACUCCAAAGCCCACGACAAGCAGCGCAUGAAAGAGUCCCGCGAGAACAACGAAAGCCUCAUGAAUCUCAAAGAGUCUGUUCGCGCCAAAGCCAAGAUGGCGGCUGAAGACGGAUUUCUAACUAUGUUGCUCAAGCCUAUCUUUGACGUUGAAUCCCGUCAACCGUCGAAAGCCGUCAUUAUUGCGCAUGUCUGCCCGCACAUCCAAGAUAGCAUUCAUAGCACCAACACACUCUCAUAUGCAACUCCAUUCCGCACAGUACCCGCCAAACCGCGCGGGCCUCGAGCGUAUGAUUCCGAAGACCCGCGUACGUGGGACCGGGCGCAGAUACAUGCAUGGCUUACCAACGAGUUUGCGAAGCGCGCUGAGCAGAGCCAUUCGGGGAAAGCAAACUUUGCUACGAAUACGGAUGAUUCUACUAAGGGAUCAGAUCUGGGUUUGGAUAUUGACAAAAUAUGCCCUGAAGGAUACACUGCUAGGAAUCUUGGCACACUAUAUACCACGGAGUUCGUCGAGCGUUGCCUCGCUGCGCGGACUGAAGGGGCUGGAGAUGCGGGAGUACUCAAAAACAGGGCCGCUGAAGUUAUCGGACAGUUGUUCUACCUGAUAAUGAGCGCCAAGACCAGGACACGGACCCAGAUCAUGAAGAGCCGGAAGAAGGUCAAGAUGCAAGCUUAUGGUGAGGCACCGAAACGGACCGUAGGAUAUGGGGACGAGGAUGAUGACCCUAUGCUGAUGAUUGACGCCAUGGAAUAUCAUACCCUAGAAAACUGGGACGCGACUAUAGCUGCUGCGAUCGCAAAAGCUGUCAAAGAGAAGACUGAUGUGCAUGAAGCACAUUCAAAUGCGACUAGAGGCUUGAUGGAGGCAUGGAGGGUGGACGUGGCUCGGCGGCAGUCUGAGAGCAAAGCUUCGAUAUAG